AUGUUCUCACCGGUUGUGAAACCUGUCUCGAUCAGAUCACUUCUAUCUAUAGUUGUGAAUUUGAAUUUGGAGCUUGAGCAGAUGGAUGUCAAGACAGCGUUCUUACAUGGAAACUUAGAGGAGGACUUGUACAUGGAACAACCCGAAGGCUAUGUAGACAAGUCAAAGCCAAACCAUGUGUGUUUACUAAAGAAAGCGUUAUAUGGACUGAAGCAGUCCCCAAGGCAAUGGAACAGAAGGUUUGAUGAGUUCAUGGUCUCUCAGGAGUACAAACGGAGUGAUCAUGAUGUGUGUGUACAUCAUGGAAGUCUCAGCAGACGUGUUCGUUUAUCUGUUGUUAUACGUGGAUGA